CUCUCUCUCUCUCUCUCCUCAAUCAGAGCAAUAGAAAAGCAGGAGCGAGCUUUAGUGCUGGUGAGGAGAAAGAAAGAAAGAGAGAGAGAGAGAGAAAGGGAGGAAAAACCCAGCACGGGCUUGUUUAGUGUAGGUAGUGUGGUGUUAGUGGUGUGUGUUAGUGGUGUGUGUGAGUGUGUGUGAGUGUGUGUGUUGGUGAGAGAGUGCGGGAGGGAGAUGAGGGCGCAGAGGAGCGCCGGGACGCGGGGGUAGAGCUGCUGUGCGCGUUAGAAGGUUUCCUGGCAACUCCGGGGGAAGAAAGAAAGCAAGCAAGCAAGAGCGCGCGCGCGAGCAGGAAAAGUCGGGGUGUGUGUGUGUGUGUUUCUCAGCAGGAGAAGGAGAAGCGAGCCCGGGUGUUGGAGGGGCACUGAUGCCCACCGUGUCCUGUCUCUCCCCGGCUCUCUGCCAUGGGGGAAACUAAAGUGAUCUACCAUCUGGACGAGCAGGAGACUCCGUACCUGGUGAAGCUUCCCGUCCCCGCCGCCGCGGUCACGCUGUCCGAGCUGAAGAAUGCCCUCAAAAAACCAAACUACAAGUUCUUCUUCAAGUCCAUGGACGACGACUUUGGGGUGGUCAAGGAGGAAAUCACGGAUGACAAUGCCAAACUGCCCUGCUACAACGGCCGCGUGGUGUGCUGGCUGGUGUCGGCUGACGGCUCGCACUCGGAUGGAUGCUCGGUGGCAGAGAGUCAGUCGGAGCGGCCGCCGUCGGGGGAGAGAUCUCAGGGCAUCGGAGACUCCAGACCGCCGUCGUUUCAUCCUAAAGCUGCAGGCAGCCGACACGGUGCAGACGAUGAGACGGAGACGGAUUCGGUGGUGUCGCACAGGAGGGAAAGAGACAGACCACGCAGGAAACAGUCGCAUGAUCAUUCAGGUGCGAGGAUGAACGGUUACUCCCGAGUGGGCAGAGGGAUGGAGCUCGGAGGCUACGACGUCUGUGACAGUCGCUCGUCCCUCAUGAGCAGUGAGCUGGAGUCCAGCAGCUGCUUCGACUCGGAUGACGACGGAUCCACCAGCCGUUUCAGCAGCGUGACUGAACAAAGCGGCUCAUCGCGCAUGAUGAGACGACACCGGCGCCGGAGAAGGAAACCCAAACCCCAUCACAUGGAGAGGUCGUCGUCUUUCAGCAGCAUUACUGAUUCCACCAUGUCCCUGAAUAUCAUCACAGUCACAUUAAACAUGGAAAAGUACAACUUCCUGGGCAUCAGCAUCGUGGGUCAGAGCAACGAGCGAGGUGACGGCGGCAUCUACAUCGGCUCCAUCAUGAAGGGCGGAGCUGUGGCAGCUGACGGACGGAUCGAGCCGGGUGACAUGCUGCUGCAGGUGAACGAUAUAAACUUUGAGAACAUGUGCAACGACGAUGCGGUGCGGGUGCUGAGGGACAUCGUGCAUAAACCCGGACCUGUCUCUCUGACGGUGGCCAAGUGCUGGGAUCCAAACCCUAACAACUGUUUCACUCCCAGGAGUGAGCCCAUUCGUCCGAUCGACCCUGCAGCCUGGGUGUCUCACACGGCGGCCAUGACGGGGAUCUACCCUCCCUACGGCAUGAGCCCCUCCAUGAGCACGGUGACCUCCACCAGCUCCUCCAUCUCCAGCUCCAUCCCCGAGACCGAGCGGUUUGAUGACUACCACCUGUCAGUCCAUAGCGACAUGGCAACCGUUGCCAAGGCGAUGGCCUGUCCUGACUCAGGGUUGGAGGUUCGAGACAGGAUGUGGCUGAAGAUCACUAUAGCCAAUGCCUUCAUAGGUUCAGAUGUGGUUGACUGGCUCUUCCAUCACGUUGAGGGUUUUGCCGACAGAAGAGAAGCUCGGAAAUACGCCAGUAACCUGCUGAAGGCCGGCUUCAUCCGCCACACCGUCAACAAGAUCACCUUUUCCGAGCAGUGCUACUACGUGUUCGGGGAUUUAUCUGGCAAUAUGGCGCACUUGUCCCUGCAGGAGCACGACGGUUCGAGCGGAGCGUCUGAUCAGGACACACUCGCUCCCCUGCUCCACCCCGCCGAGGCUCCGUGGCCCAGUUUCCCGUAUCAGUACCCGCCCUCGCUGCACGACGCACCUCACCAUCACGCUGAGCCGGGCGGCGGGAGCGCCGGGAGUCAUCACAGCGAGGGAAGCAGCGGUUCGAACUGCAGCUGGAGCAGAACGGAUGGAAAGACGGCAGCGGCGGGGAUAAACGACGUAACCGACACCCUGGAGUUUGACUUGCGUAGGGAGCGAGCACCGAGUGAGGGCAGCAUCCGCAGCUCACGCUCUCACUCUCACUCUCACUCCUACAGCGGCGUGUCUGGGGCACGUCAUCUCGCCCACGUGCCCUCUGAACUCUCGGGCUCACGCCGCUCCUGCCUCACCGCCAACGGAGAGCUGUUCGUUGACAUCAUGUGACCACGACUGGAUUGUGAACUACAUUAAGACCAUGUUUUCUUUCUUUCUUUUUUUUUUAUUUUAAAAUAAAGAAUUGCAUUUAAAAUAUCAGAAUAGUACAAACUGUAACUCAUAGCCCUGAAACAUGGAAACUAGGAUCUUUUUUUUUUUUUUAAAUUAACAUUAGGCUAAAAAUGAAUGGAAAUAACAGUAGAAUACAAAGCCCUUUUUUCCCCCCGUUUUUUUUUUUUUUUUUUUUUUUUUAAAAAUGUAUAGGUAGUAGGCACAUGCCGAUAAUCUCUCGUACAAUAUAUCACAAUGCUGAACUUUCUAAAAUUGUCACUCUUUGUGUCUUAUACGAGUGCCUAAAUAUUCAGGGUUUCUAGGUAUCUUUUGUGUGUUUGAGAAAUUUCAGUCCACAUGAGCGGUAAUAUUUUAGCAAUACAGAGUAGUUUUUGUUUUUUUUGUUUUUUUUUUUUGGUAAAAAAUACAAUAUCACGAUUUCAUAAACAUGCCUCAUAGGUAGUGUGUUUUAAUUUCAACAAUUAAUUUUAACUCUCAGUAAAGGAAUAAAACAGAACUUUAAAGCAUAUUGUUAAUUUUUAAUUAGAUUUAGAGAUGAGAUUUUGAGACGAAGGAAACGGAAAGCUGAUGUCAGUAAUUCAGAGAGUUUUUAGCUGCAAGGGUUAAAUAAAUGUCCUCUAAUUAGGCAUGUGCCGAUACUCAAUCAAGUUAUUCAAUAUGGACUUUAAAAUAUCGUCAGUGAGAGACUGGAUUACAUCUCUCGUCCAAAAAUCUUGUAGAAAAUGUUUUCUGUUUAUCCUGAAUUUCAUCCUGCACUAAAUCUGCAACUUCCAAAAAAAAAAAAAAAAAAACCGCAGAA